AUGAUGAUGAAGGUUGCUGUCGUAACGGGAGCUUCUUCUGGGAUUGGAAGGGCGAUCAGUGUCCGACUUUCACGAGCAGGCUAUGCUUUAUCAUUGAACGGACGCGAUGAGAAAGCUUUAGCAGAAACUGCUAAGAUGUGUAAAGAAGCAGGUGCUGGCAAGGUGAGAAUUACUGUUGGUGAUUUAUGCGACGAGUUGAAUGCCAGGAAACUAGUCGAGGAUACAGUGCUGGAAUAUCAACGAAUAAAUACCUUGAUAAAUUCGGCUGGAAUACUGGUAUCUGGCAACGUUCUGGACUCCAAUAUCGAUCAAUAUGACCGUCAAAUGGAUGUGAAUGUGAGGAGUGUUGUGCGAUUAACAAGAAUGGCGCUCCCAUACAUCAUGAAAACGAAAGGAACUGUGGUUUCUGUAUCUAGCAUCACUGGACCUUGUCCUUUUCCCGGCGUCUCUUAUUACUGCAUGUCUAAAGCAGCACUAGAUCAAUUUACAAAAUGUCUUGCUUUGGAGAUGGCACCACACGGAGUUCGUGUCAACGCCGUAAACCCUGCUCUCAUUGUCACUAAUAUUCACAAACGGUCUGGAAUGGAUGACAAAAGUUACCAAGAGUUUGUUGAGAAAGGGAAGGUAACACACGCUCUAGGUCGUGUUGGGGAAGCGUCCGAAGUGGCAGAAGCCGUUCUCUUUCUCGCUUCAGAAAAAAGCUCCUUCACAACCGGUGAACUGCUAAGAGUGGAUGGUGGAAGAGGAAUAAUGCAUCCCCGUUAA